GAUCAGACUAAUAAUUGUUAAAUCACAAAAGGGCAUCCAGAAGGGUCUCACAAUUGCGCUUUUUCUGCCUUUCGAUGAUCUACUUGGAAUCCCUAAUGUCCCAUUUACCAUUCAGGCCAAUCCCAUCGCUCUUCUCGAAUCUUUUUGUCCUUCUCAUAGAUUUCUGUCUCCUUUUACCUUAAUUCAAUCUCCCAUUUCUUUACCUAAUCAAUUGCAGCCUCAAGCCCUGUUAACCCUCGCUAUUUUGUUAAUAGAGAACCGACCUCCUGCAUCUGGGUCUUUCUCGUAUUCUUGAGGCUUGGUCUUUUGGGUACUUGAGAAUUCACUUGCAUUGGUAUAAGUUAGAGUUUGUUUUGAUUUUUGGGUUUCAUAAAUUCUGCUACUGGGUUUUGAUUUUGAAGUAUAAAUUGUUGCAUGUCCCUGAGGAACUGAUCUGUUUUUGAAGAUAACAGCUGAUGUGAGUAUUUGAGUUUCAAAAUAUUCAGUUUCUGCAACUGGGUUUCAAAAAAUUUUUUGUUUUUUUUGGAGGUUACUUCAUCCGUUGAGCUAAAUGAGAAAUUAAGUUUUUUGGUUAUGGGUUUGCCUCACGUUUGAGCGAUAGAUAAAGGAGAUGAAGAGAGGGAAUGAUGAUGAAAAGAAAAUGGGGCCUAUGUUCCCUAGGCUUCAUGUCAAUAAUACCGAGAAAGGAGGGCCAAGAGCACCUCCAAGGAACAAGAUGGCCCUUUACGAGCAGCUCAGUAUUCCUUCUCAGAGGUUUAACCAUGGUGUUUUGCCUCUCAACACCAGCAAAGCUAGCAACUUGGUUCCUGCUGGAUCCUCAAGUCAGGGGAGUGGCUUUGAAAGAAAUUUGCCUGUCCCACUUCAUGCUUAUCCUACACCCUCUCAUAGGGAUGAGAAGCUCCAUUCUCACCAGCAUGAUGGAGCAAACUCAAAUGCUUCAUCAGCCCAACUUAAGCAGAGGAAGAAGGUAGGAGAUGAAGAUGAUUUCACAGUACCUGUAUUCGUUCAAUCUGGGAUAGACCAAUGUCUUCAUAAAAAUCAGAAUGGCAUUGAUGGGGAAAAGUUCACUUCUUUCAGCCAAAAUUACUUGGGUUCAAGAAAAAUACAAAAUGCUGGCAAUGCUAAUAAAAAUAAUAAUAUCUUCAGAGGUCCCAAUUUGAGACAGGAUGCAAGAAAUCAUAGUGACGGUAGCCUGGAGGUGUGUGUCUCAAGUAGGGAUAAUUCAGGAAGAUCUUCAAUGAAUUUACCAACUAGGGAAAGGAUAGAUAGGCCUGGGGAUGAAUCUUUGGAUCAACAAAAUGAAGGUCAACUUAGAUCUAGUUUUAACAAAUUGUCUGAAAGUGAUGAUUGUUUGCAACAAAAUGGCAGCGUACACGGUGAAGAUGUUCCUGAGCUUACAACAGAAACAGAGAAAGAUAACAUUCCCCGGUCAAGAAGUGACUCUCAUUCAAGGGAGGAUCUUGAUAGUCUCAAUGAGCCUGAAAUUGAUAGUGAAUUUUGUGGAGACAAGACAUGUAGGUCACUACAAUUGGGAAAUGAAGACAAAAGUGAUGAUGUCUCUGAGACCUCUAUGGUGGAUUCUAUAUCAGCAUUGGAUAUUUCUCCUGAUGAUAUUGUUGGAAUUAUCGGUCAGAAACAUUUCUGGAAAGCAAGAAGGGCAAUUGUCAAUCAACAAAGAUUGUUUGCAUGGCAAGUGUUUGAGUUGCAUAGACUGAUAAAGGUUCAACGACUGAUUGCUGCGUCGCCAAAUCUUUUGCUUCAAGACAUAACUUAUCUGGGGAAACAUUCUACUAAGGUUUCUCCUGCAGAGAAACUUCCUUCACAGUAUGUGGUAGCACCUCCAGUGCAUGUUGCCAAGCGCAAAGGAGAUUGUGAGAAACCAAACCAUAAGAUGGAAUGCUCAGCAGAGAAUGCAGUUGGGAAGACAUCACUUUCUUCUGUGAAAAGUGGUAGUCAGCCCUCUAAUUAUGGGUCUUACAUUGGGAACCCACUACCAGUUCCUGUGUCUACUGAUCCCAAAGUGGGUCCUUGGUGUUUCCAUCAUUCACUUGGGCAUCAGUGGUUAAUUCCAUUGAUGUCUCCUUCAGAAGGACUUGUAUACAAGCCAUACACUGCGCCGGGAUUCAUGGGUUCACCGUGUGGAGGAUGUGCACCUUUUGGGCCAACUCCUCUGAAUGGUAGCUUUAUGAAUCCAGCCUAUGGGAUUCCAGCUUCUCAUCCUCACCAUCAAGGAACUGGGGCCUCACCAUUUGUUCCUCCAGGUGUUAAUUGUUACUUCCCUCCAUAUGGCAUGCCAGUCAUGAAUCCAGGCAUCUCAUGUUCAGCAGUGGAACAAAUGAACUACUUUGCAGGAUCUGGUUUGUAUGGUCAAACUGGUCAGUUAUCAGGAGGGGGAGCAAACUUUAAUAUGCAACAUCAAAGCUCAUGUAAUGUGCCAACCCAGAAGAGCAUUCCACAAGUUACGAAGUUCCAGGCAUCAAAAGACACUGAGCUACUGGGAAGUACAGCAAGUAGUCCCAGUGAGAAGACGCAAGGAGUUGGGAUUGUUCAACCUGCUGAAGGAAGAAAUGCACUUUCACUGUUCCCAAUGGCUCCUGCUGGUCCAGAAGGAGCCUCGCUGCCUCAAGAGAAUGACCAGCCAAGAAGAGUGAUCAAGGUAGUGCCUCACAACCCCAUGUCUGCUACUGAAUCAGCUGCUCGAAUUUUCCAAUCUAUACAAGAGGAGAGAAAACAACAUGACUCUAUUUAGCAUAUUUUAAGAUCAGACAUUGCUUGAGAUCUGUCUUCAACAUGACUCUUGUAACUUUCAUUUCGUGCUUUUUCAAUUCCUCCUGUACUUUCUUAGCGGAUGUAAUUUUGCAACUGUCUUUCUCCUGUUUUUGUUUGACCUUAUUAUAGGCUAUUCAUCUGUAGAUACCAUGGCGGAAAAAUUACAGGAAAACUAUGUAACAUGAAUGUGCUGGCUUUCAUAUUAUUAUGUAUACUAUCCGAAAUGAAUUUAUACUGGUGCCUUUGAUUGUCAAA